AUGUUCAAAGAACAAUUCCUCAUCCAUCCCGCCUAUCGCAACCUCAACCAUGGUUCCUUUGGGACGUAUCCCCGCGCCAUCCAAACCGUCCAUCGUCAACUUCAAGACGAAGCUGAAGCGCGUCCCGACCUGUUUAUUCGUCGCACGCACCCUCAACGUCUCGAUGAAGCCCGUCAAGCCGUGGCAUCUUUGUUGAACGCCCCCGUGGGCGAAUGCGUCUUCGUCAAGAACGCCACCACGGGCAUCAACACCGUCCUGCACAAUCUUGACUUCCACCCCGGCGACGUAGUCAUCUACUUCAACACCGUCUACGGUGCCGUCGAGAAAUCGCUCGUCGCGCAAUUCGAGAAAUCCCCUCUCCAGGGCCACAAAAUCACCUACGAAUUCCCCAUCACUCCAGAUGAACUCCUGCAUCGAUUCCACUCCGCCGUGCACGACCUCCGCAAACAGAACCUCAACCCCCGUCUUGCCGUGUUCGACACCAUCGUGAGUAACCCUGGUUUCCGAUUCCCGUUCGAACGCCUCAUCGUUGCCUGUCGCGACCUCCACGUCCUCAGUCUCGUCGACGGCGCCCACGGCAUUGGCCAUAUCCAACUCGAUCUGACAACUCUAAACCCGGAUUUCUUCACCUCCAACUGUCAUAAAUGGCUCUUUACCCCGCGCAGCUGUGCGGUUCUCUACGUGCCCGUAAGACAUCAGCAUCUUAUACGCACGACGGUGCCCACUUCGUGGGGGUUUAUCCCCCUUCCAGAUUCGCCGGCUACCGCAUCUUCGACGAUCAUGCGGGAGAAUGAGAAGAAUCCGAAGAAAUCGGCGUUUGAAUCGUUGUUUGAAUUCGUCGCGACGGCGGAUGAUACACCCUAUUUGUGUGUUCCCGCGGCGUUGCAGUUCCGUCGUGACGUCUGCGGUGGCGAGGAGAGGAUCUAUGAAUAUAUCGAGACGUUGGCGAAUGAGGGCGCGGAUAUUGUUGCGAGUGUUCUAGGGACCGAGGUUCUCCAGGAACCUGGGUUGAAGGCCGGGCAGAGAAGUGAGUUUCGGCGUUGUGGGAUGGGGAAUGUUCGGUUGCCUGUGCGGGUGGUCGAUCCUGAGGAUAGCGACGGGAAGCAAGCUGAGGGUCAAGUUAUUUUGUCGUCUCAAGUGCUGGCUAUUCAGCAUUGGUUUGAGGAUCAGUUGCUCUAUCGAUAUCAGACCUUUGUGCCUGUGUUCGUCCAUGGUGGUUGGCUCUGGGUAAGGCUGUGUGCACAAAUUUAUCUGGAUCGCAGCGAUUUCGAAUGGGUGGCGUGUGUUUUGAAGGAUUUGUGUAAGAGGAUGUCGUCGGGUCCUCUAUCUUCUCUGUAG